GGGCAGUGUCGCCAGGAAGGGGUGCACGUUUUGCAGGACACAUAGAACUCAGGGCUGGAGCGGGAGUCUUGCCGACUCCUGGGCUGCCGAGAAGGCGAGAGGUGGGCUUCCUUCUCUGCGCCCUGAAUUGAGGGAGUCAAUCCCAGGCUGGGUAGCUCUCGCACCUACCCGGAGUCCCGGGCCGGAGGACACCCACUGCCCACUACCGCCCGGAGACCUGCAGCCAGCCGGCACGCCUGGUAACCGAGCGCCCACAGCUGACCGGGGGUCGCGCCCCAGAGGUCACCUUCCUAUCAGCCCCGCCCCUAGCCCACUGCGUCCUGGCUGCGGCUGGACCGGGACCGCCAGGAGGCAGGGGGAGGGGCGGGAGGUGGAGAGCGGGGCUCAUUAACAGCGCUGACCCGGAGCAAAACUGCAAACCGAACCGACCUCAGGCAGGGCACUGGGUGAAGUCUCGCGCCCCGGCGGUAGCACUUUGGCAUUUUUCGAGAUCCCUGAGCCUGGACUUUGCCUGCUGGGGGAGCUUUUUGAACAGCCCCGCACCCGGCGCCCAGCGGCGGUGCAGCCUCUGCGGCGCACUCCCGCCCCCGCCCUUGCACGUGACUCCCACCGGCCAGUCAGCGCCGGCGAGCGGGAGCGCAGGGGCGAGGGGACCCGCGCCGCGGGCUGGGGGACUCGGAGGCGGCCGGCACAGUGGCCGCGAGCUGCCCAGCUCCUGGGACGCCCAGGCGAGCGCUCGCCGUCCCUCCAGGAAGCUCAAGCCCCGGCAGGUACGGCGUUUAAUUUCCCUCCCGCACUUCCCCGCCAUUCGCGGCACUCAGAGCCCCCCCGCGCCGGUGUGCUUGGAGCGGAGAGGCAACUAGUGGGCGCAGAGGACACACUGCCAGCUCCCCGUUCCCCCAGACUGGCCAGAGCCCGCUCUGCUGUCUUACAACAAAAAGAGCCCGACCUACUUCACUAAAUCAAAGGCUGCGGCUGCAACGAGGAGAGGAGCCAGCCCGGCGCUCGGCUUGGGAGCCAGCCCGCCGGAGCCCUGCGGGCGUCCUGAGUACCGUGCACAGCCUCUGCCCGGCGGGCCCCGAAGGCCCGACCCGCUCUGCCCCGCGUCGCCGCCCCCCAGGCACUCGGGACCUCCAGGCCCAGGGGUGGACUCGGCCCCUCCUCCGCCACCUCCGGGAAGAACCAAAAUUUCAAUUUGGGAUUUUCCUGAGUAAACAAGAGCCUAGAGUCUUUUGCCCAAUGCUGGAUUUAAUACGUAUAUGUUUUUGAGGGAUUUGGUUUUUUUUUUCCUUUGAUUUUUGAUCUUUUUUUGUGACAACCCCUCACCUGUACAUUAUUAUUAUUAUUAUUAUUAUUUUCUCUCCCUCGUUGCAUCUUGGCCCGCGACUGAGAGAGGACGCAGGAGCCGAGAGCUCGCGGGGGCGAUGUACCAGAGCCUGGCCAUGGCCGCCAACCACGGCCCGCCUCCCGGGGCCUACGAGGCGGGCGGCCCCGGCGCCUUCAUGCACAGCGCGGGCGCCGCGCCCUCGCCCGUCUACGUGCCCACGCCGCGGGUGCCUUCGUCCGUGCUGGGCCUGUCCUACCUCCAGGGCGGAGGCGGCGGCGCUGCGUCCGGAGCCACCGCGGGCGGCAGCUCCGGGGCGGCCCCAUCGGGGGCCGGGCCGGGGACCCAGCAGGGCAGCCCCGGCUGGAGCCAGGCGGGAGCCGAGGGGGCCGCCUACACCCCGCCGCCCGUGUCUCCGCGCUUCUCCUUCCCGGGAACCUCCGGGUCCCUGGCGGCCGCCGCCGCCGCCGCGGCGGCCCGGGAGGCUGCGGCCUAUAGCGGCGGCGGCGGGGCGGCGGGCGCGGGCCUGGCGGGCCGCGAGCAGUACGGGCGCGCCGGCUUCGCGGGCUCCUACUCCAGCCCCUACCCGGCCUACAUGGCCGACGUGGGCGCAUCCUGGGCCGCGGCAGCUGCCGCCUCGGCCGGUCCCUUCGACAGCCCGGUCCUGCACAGCCUGCCCGGCCGGGCCAACCCCGCAGCCCGACACCCCAAUCUCGUAGACAUGUUCGAUGACUUCUCAGAAGGCAGAGAGUGUGUCAACUGCGGGGCCAUGUCCACCCCCCUCUGGCGGCGUGACGGCACCGGGCACUACCUGUGCAAUGCCUGCGGCCUCUACCACAAGAUGAACGGCAUCAACCGGCCCCUCAUCAAGCCUCAGCGCCGGCUGUCCGCCUCCCGCCGAGUGGGCCUCUCCUGCGCCAACUGCCAGACCACCACCACCACGCUGUGGCGCCGCAACGCCGAGGGCGAGCCCGUCUGCAACGCCUGCGGCCUCUACAUGAAGCUCCACGGCGUCCCCAGGCCCCUUGCAAUGCGGAAAGAAGGGAUUCAAACCAGAAAACGGAAGCCCAAGAACCUUAAUAAAUCUAAGACACCAGCAGGUCCCUCGGGCAGUGACAGCCUCCCGCCCGCCAGCACUGCUUCCAGCAACUCCAGCAGUGUGGCCACCAGCAGCAGCGAGGAGAUGCGCCCCAUCAAGACAGAGCCCGGGCUGUCGUCCCACUACGGGCACAGCAGCUCCAUGUCCCAGACGUUCUCUGUCAGUGCGAUGUCCAGCCACGGGCCCUCCAUCCACCCGGUCCUCUCAGCCCUGAAGCUCUCCCCACAAGGCUACGCGUCUUCUGUGAGCCAGUCGCCGCAGGCCAGCUCCAAGCAGGACCCUUGGAACAGCCUGGCCUUGGCUGACAGUCAUGGGGACAUAAUCACCGCAUAAUGUCACCUCCUUCCCCCCUCAGAUUCCUGCACGGACUUGGGACUUGGAGGGCAGCAGAGGCGAGGCUCCGGGCUCCCGGGCGCCGGCCUGCUCUGUCUGGGAAUGACUCCGGAAGAACAGCUGGGAAGAAACUUGAAGUUGCUGAUUUGGUUAGGGGAAGCAAACGUUGGAUUUUGUCAGAUGCCUUGUCAAGGUGGGGGACAGCGAAGCCCAGCUUCUGGUCUGGAAGGGGUCCCCCUUCCCUGCAGUGCACCCGAGUCCCUCGGGCUGAGUUAGAUACCUCCUUCUCAGUUCCCACCCACCCCGCCCCUACAAAAGAGGAUCCCCCAUCUCCCAUCCACGGCCUGAGAUGGUGGCUCGUCCAUGGCUUCCCCAUCUCUGGGCCUGAGGGCAGGUGGAGAGGCAGGGCCCUGGGGCCCGUGCUCUGGCCUGAACCAGGGCGUCUGUGACACUCCUGGGCUUGCCACACACGCCCUAGGUCCACACACCCCGCAUCCCUCUAUGCCAGAUCUUGACUCCAGAACCUCUGGUGUGGCGCCCAUGUUGCUGAAUGCUUCCUGGGGGUGGAGGAGGGGCCGCCCCUCCCGCCCCAGUAUGGCUUCUGCAGAACCGCAGCUUGGCCCCUGGCUUCCCCUGGCUCCUAACCCCGGCCGAUGCCCUCAGCCCUCUGCUCCUUCUCUCUACACACAAGGCCUUAAAAAUAAAAACCCCUCCCGCCGCUCUGAGUGACGCAGCUCUGCCUCCAGCUUGAACACGUCUCCCUCCCAGGAAAACGAGUGCUGGCAGUUCGACCGAACAGCAGCCCCCACCAAGAUCCUUUCUCCACCCGAUCACACCCAGGGGCUUCUGAGUAAGAACAAACCACUUCUGCUGCUAGAGCGUGUUGGACAAACACUCAUGUAGGACUGAAGACCCCUCUGGAGGGGAUGUCUGGUGGACACCGUCCCCGGGCUGGAGCCAGGGACGUCCGGUGGACUCUGGCUCACCUGUGCUCGGAUCUCCUGGCACCGCCGCUGUUCCACAGAGAUGCGCCUCUCGGUCAGAUGGCAGGCCAAGUCCGUCCAAGGGGUGCAGAGGGCCUGUGCCCACAUCCCCUCCCCAGCAUAAAUCUUUUGUCCAGAAGGCAAAAAGCUAGGGAUUUUGCAACAUAAAUUCAAAGCAAACAAAUGCAACAAAACAAUACUCAUGGAAAGAUGACGACCAAGUAGAGAAGACACUGAGGGAGGGCCUCAGGGAGCCCGGCUCUGUGCCUUUCUGGAAAUGGCCUUCUUCUCUGGCUGUGUCGCUGUUUCUGCCCGGGGUGCCGGGGCUCACAAGGACCUCUUCCUGGUCCUGGUCAUCGGUAGAGCUGUCGCUGACUGUGGCCUUACUACAUCCUCCCCUCAAACACCCAGUCGCCCACCCCAAAAUCCUGACUGUAGCAGAGAAUGUUUCUAAACCAAGAUUCUGUUUUAAUCAUUUAUAUUGCUUUCUUCCAAGAAGGCCACCCUCAUAUUCCUUCCCUAACCACGAACCUGUUAACAUUGUCUUAAGGUGAAAUGGCUGUAAAAUCAGUAUUUAACUAAUAAAUUUAUCUGUACUAGUC